GUGUUCAAGGUACUCAAAAUGAAAGUGUACGGAUUAGUCUUUCUGCUGGUAGUUGGAGUCGUGGCAGCCUUUCCGAUCGAAGAAUUCGGAGACGAGUUUAUUCCCGUUGACAAUGAUGGUGGUGCGGAACAUGUUCCCACCUGGACAUUGGUGCCGGACGGUGAUGGUCGGCUCCAUCUGGUGAACACAGAUCCUUACGACUUGGCCGGUAUGGACGAACCGGAACCACACUUCAAUUCCGACGCCGAUACUAUUUUCCGACUGUUCACACGAAACAAUCGAAACUCAGGACAUGUCAUUCAAUUGAAUAAUGCUGGCUCUUUGGGUGGCUUCUGGAACGGAGGUCGCCAGACUCGACUUAUCAUCCACGGUUGGAAUAACAACGGUGAUUCCGGUGUCAAUGUUAACAUUCGAAAUGCGUAUUUGGAUCGGGGUGAUUUCAAUGUAAUUACUGUUGACUGGGGGCGAGGUGCCCAGAAUCCGAACUACGUAACGGCUAGAAACCACAUCAAUGCAGUUGGAGCAACAGUUGGCCGAUUUGUGGAUUUCCUGAAUCAGAGCGGUGGCAUGUCGUUCAACAAUGUGUACAUUGUCGGGCACAGUUUAGGAGGUCAUACUGCUGGAAUCGCCGGAAAGAGAGUUAGCCGAGGACGACUGCAUACGGUAGUCGCAUUGGACCCAGCACUGCCACUGUUCUCGAUCAACUCCCCCGGGGAGCGCGUUGCGCCCUCGGACGCUAACUACGUGGAGGUUAUUCACACCAACGCUGGACUGCUUGGAUUCGACCUACCGAUUGGUGUGGCUGAUUUCUAUCCGAACGGAGGACGCACACAGCCUGGCUGUGGAGUUGAUGUUGGAGGCGGCUGCGCCCACAGUCGUGCAUGGGAAUUCUUUGCCGAAUCGGUUAGAUCCGGUCGAUUUAAUUCGGUGCGAUGUCAGAAUUUUGAGCAAGUUUGGAACCAAAACCAGUGCACGUCAAGUGGUCCGAACAGGAACAUGGGUGGGGAACCUUCCAACAUAGGAAUCGCCAAUGGAGUGUACCACCUGACGACGAAUGGGCAGAGUCCUUUCGCGAGGGGUUAAAUCAGUCAGAUUUGGCUAGUACUCUUGUUUCUGCAUUGAUCAAUUACACGCGUGUUGGAGUUUGAAAAUAAAGCUUGGAUUACGUUCUAGAAAUCUGGCGACUGCGAAGCCAAGUAGUUGAUAGAAUAGCAUACAUAACAUUUAAUAAUACAAUACAUACAAACGGAAAAAUCUUUCACAAUGUACCCGUUACAAAAUAGUGAAUAAAACACAAGAGAUUUGUAAAACUCUGGAUAUUUUUACUUCUUUGAUAUUCAUACUACAAAGUACUUUACCAUAUUGACUAGGAAUUAAGAUAUCGAUUCUGUUGAAUUUAUUGAACUUGUAUGAUUACCGUUCGCAAAAAACGACUUGAGUGUGCUGUGACCGCAUAUUGUAGUAGGAAAAUUAUGAAAAAUGAAGUGUGCCGUUCGGCUCCAGUGCGUCAGGAUCGGUUUUUAUGAGCAUUUCGUUUUUUUUUUUGUAUUAUUAUAUAAGCCACCCAGGAGGAUUGAAUAUUUAGCAAAAUACAAAAAUCGUGACGUUUUCCGCGGUUGAACUUCGUGGAACGUCGAACUGUCCGGCAUCCAA